UCUUGAAGCUACAAAACGCUAUUUUAGAAGUGUGCCUCCAGUUCGGUGCUUUUAGUUCAGCAAAUGUCAAAAACUGACUUUAUUAGCCUACCAAAAAAAUGUCUCACCGGCAUUGUUAGCAGUACACAAAUACAUCGGCAAAGUUAUGCACGUAACAAUCAGCUAGCUUAGCUUGGCUAGCUAGUAUCAGGCUGCAGCGGCUAGCCGUUAGCUGCUAACAUUAACUGGUUACUAACUACCGUUAUACCGCCGGGUUGCUAAUCAUGCCGCUUCGUGUCAAUUGACAUGUACACCUCAGCAAAGCCAUGAUAGUAGCGAUUCCCUCUGUGCGUUAAUGUUUUAUUGGUGGACUUAAUGACGGUUGUCGAGCUAGUUUAGCUAGCAUGUAGCCGAGGUUACUUACGCUACUAGAGGGGCUGCUGGCGUUACACCUGAAACCGCCACGAUACUUGUCUGCACGAUGCAGUUUAUAAGAAAACUAGCCGAGAAGAACUAGCGAAUGGAACCUCAGCCAACUUCGCUAACUAGUCGUCCACAUAAAGAAGAAGAAAAAAAAUGAUAAUGGGCUUUUAGAUUGUAGUGUAUUUGUUCCUUGGGAGUCACAGGAAGCGUGGAUGAUAAUAUAUGGAUUUCACGGGUGCAACAGUCUGCGUUUUGGUGUCUCAAGCGUUAAUGUUUUAUAUUUAGCCUCAAGAAGCUAACGGUGCCCGCAUUCUGCUGCAGAGGAGAGAGCACCAGGAUGAGGAGGCUGUAGGCACCCGCCGUAGUAUGGCCGCGUCCCGUUCCUCGCGCGUCACAAGGUCGUCAGUGGGGCUCAAUGGAUUGGAUGAGAACUUUUGUGGUCGAACCCUCAGGAACCGCAGCAUCGCCCAGCCGGAGGAGACCUCGUUACCUCCGCUACCAAGGGCCCGCUCUCCCAAGAAGAAGCAGGAGUCGAAGCAGGAGUCGAAGCAGGAGUCGAAGCAGGAGUCGAAGCAGGAGUCGAAGCAGGAGUCGAAGCAGGAGUCGAAGCAGGAGUCGAAGCAGGACGGCAAGCAGGAGUCGAAGCAGGACGGCAAGCAGGAGUCGAAGCAGGACACCAAACAAGACGUUAAACAGGACACCAAACAAGACGUUAAACAGGACACAAAGCAGGACGACAAGCAGGACACAAAGCAGGACACUCAGCAGGAUGGCCAGCAGCAGGCCUCGUUGCAGGGAAAGGUAACUGACUUGAAUGCUUCUCCAGCUGAGGCGGAGCAAUGGACCAGCUCCAGGAAGCGGGGUGUGUCCUGUUUAGAGAAAGACAUUAGUCCUGAGAAUUCCGAGAACUGUGAGAGAGGGAAGGGGCCACGGGAUGCCUGUCCUCAAAUCAAAAGGGCCAAGCGGUGCUCCCGCUCUGGAGAGUCUCAGGGACACGACGAGGACCCUGGGCCUCUGGAAUCUGAAAGUCCGGUGUCUGCCCCGGAGCCUAGCAAGGACAACAGCUGUGAAGAAUUUUCCAGCCAAAACUCUGUUAGCACGGCUCCUGCCUCACCUGUCCACAGUAAAGAGGAAGGUGAGCCGGCAGAGGAUGGUCACGUGGAGUGUGACGGGGCAGCUCAGCCCCCGAAUGCCCACAAGGCCUCUAAUGGACUCAGAGAGACUAAAUCAGAGGAACCUAGCACACUCGGUGAAGAGCCUAGUGCAAACCCCACCUCUGCCACCAACUGCCCGUCACUGCUCAACGGUAGUCAGACGGGGGCCCCCUCAUCCCCCGACCCCUCUGUGCCUUGUAGGAACUCUGUCCCUCUGCAGAUUGAGGUCUCUGGCUCAGGGGAAUCGCCAGUCUCACCUGCGCCGACAUUUGAGGCCGUUCCAGAGGACCCCGUCCCUGAGUUGAUAGUGGCUAAUGAGCAGGAGGUGGAGGUGGAGGAGGUGGAGGUCGACGUGGUGGGCGACCCGUUGUUUCUGGCCCACGAGGAGCAGGUGACGGCGAGCGAGAACGAUACCAACGGCAGGCCGCCAACACCGGUGCAGGAAGCUGCUGCCUCCACCUCCUCCACUACCACCAUCACCACCAUGAACAGUAUUCCAAUCAACAACAGCAGCAACUCAGGAGAAGCUACACCCCCACUAGCAACAACCCCCUCCCCCACAGAGCCAGAGUGCAAUCCCUCGAUACCCAGCACGCCCCCCUCUUUCACAGAGCUCCACGAACACAGAUACACUCUGCGGACUUCACCCAGGAGGGCUGCUACCGGUGGCAAGGCCUCCUCCUCCAAGCUCAGCUCUCCUCCCAGAGACAAUGGUCCCUUGAGGGAAGAGGGGGACGUGCUAGUUGGGCUGGAGGAGGAUUGCCCUGUGGUGGAGGAACCCGCUCCCUCGGACUCGGUGGGCCCCUCCAGCGAGGAGCCGGUCUCCGUGGAUCUAGCAGACGGGGCAGGUGGCGAGGACGGUGUACCCGUGGAGAGCAAAGAGGCCAAGCAAAGCAAGAAGCUGACACAGAGCCCGGCUGCAGAGGAGGAGGAGGAGGAGGAGGAGGAGCCAGACGUGUAUUAUUUUGAGUCUGACCACCUGGCUCUUAAACACAACAAAGAUUACCAGAGGCUGCUGCAGACCAUCGGUGUUCUCGAGGCCCAGCGCACGCAGGCCAUCCUGGACCUGGAGACGUUGGCGCGUCACCAGAGGGAGGCACUCGGCGAUCCCAUCAUCUUUGUGGAGCAGCUGCAGAAACAGGUUCAUUUGGACUUGCCGUGUCCUCAGCGAGUCGUCCAGCUCCCUGACAUUGGAUGGGAGCAGUACACCUCAGGCCUCGGUGACUUUGAGAGAGAGUUCUGCGACAAGAAACGCAAAACCAGGCGGCUAAAGCUGAUCUUCGACCAAGGUUUGCCUGCUCGACCAAAAAGUCCCGUGGAGCCAAAGAAGGAAGGCGAAACAUCCACCAUGUACUCCUCUCUGCCCACUAGUGACGCUCUAGAGAACAGCAGGCAAGCACAGAUGAUCAGGGGAAGGAUUUGUCUUCCAAACAAGUCUGACACUUUCAACCAGCUGUGGACUGUGGAGGAACAGAAAAAACUGGAGCAGCUUCUCGUAAAGUUCCCCCCCGAGGAAGUGGAGUCCAGAAGAUGGCAGAAGAUUGCCGAUGAGCUCGGCAACCGAACGGCGAAACAGGUUGCCAGUAGGGUUCAAAAGUACUUCAUCAAACUGACAAAAGCUGGUAUUCCUGUGCCUGGAAGAACUCCCAACCUGUGCAUGUACACUAAAAAGGCAUCCAGUAAGAGGCAGCACCACCUCAACAAGCACCUGUACCGGCCGUCUACUUUCCUGACCUCCUACGAGCCUCCUGUCUACAUGGACGAAGAUGACGAGCGCGCGGCGUAUUACGGCAGCGUGCAGGACCCCUCUGCUGACGAGUCGGAUGACGAGGCGAUACCUAUGGAGUUGAGAAAUUUGCCAGAGUACAAAGAACUUUUAGAGCUGAAGCGACUGAAGAAACAGACGCUGCAGGAGAUCCACGAGGACAAGGACGAGAUGCGGCAUGUAGGCUACAAGUGUGAUGUCUGCGGCAUGGAGCCCAUCCAGGGAGUGAGGUGGCACUGUCAGGACUGUCCGCAGGACAACUCGGUUGAUUUCUGCUCCAACUGCUCUGACUGCUUGUUCAAGACAGAGACUCACAAGCCUAACCACCACUUGGAACCAGUGCACCAGCAAGACACCUUUCUGGACAGGGACUACUGUCUGCCGCAGAGCACAGGCUACAACUACCUGGACCCUAACUACUUUCCAGCCAACAGAUGACAGGGUCCCAGGCGUCUCUAGCUGCAGGCUCUCUCCACAUAUCCCACAGGCCACUCUGUGCAUGGCUCCAUCCUCCAAGUCCAAGAUAACCGUUUAACCCGCCGCCGCCAGGCAGGCAGGAGCCUCAAAGCAGACCACAGUGCUGCUGGAGGGGGGAGGGGGGGGGCUGUUGGUAAACUGGCAUCCCUGACUUAAGCAAAGGGUGGCCAUGUUGGUUCCUCACAACAACAGGGCCCUGCUCCACCUCGGCAAGGUUAAUCAACGGAUCCGUGAUUUUGAACGAUACACUAUUUUAAAAAUAAACAAACAAAAAAUCCCCCAGAAGGCACACCGACAUUCCCGAGCUCUGUGACUCCAGGAGGGCUUUCCUCCCUCUCUCCCUCCCUCCCCCGCUCAUCGCCCUCCAGUUUACCUCCCUGUGCUGCUUCGAAACUGGAGAGAAUUGACGACUGGUCCGGUGAAGCGCCACCUAUAGGAGGUGUGUGGUCAUAGUGGACUGUGAAGUCAUCAACCGAGAUGCACCUGGGUGGUUUGUAUGUGUGUGUGUGUGUGUGUGUGUGUGUGUGUGUGUGUGUGUGUGUGUAUGUGGUCUCCGUGUUAUGCAAGAGUGAAAAAUGUUCUAGCUAGGUAUCCGUAGAUGAGUAUUUAUGAGUCGCAGCUCCCUCAGCAGGAGCUGCUGCGAGAGGAAGUAGGCGGUGUGGAGCGUGACGCCGACGUCGGUGCGUUUUUGUUGACUGCAGACUGUAGGGAGGCGGUCUGCAGACGGACCUGUACGUGUUGAGCGGACUCUGGAGCCAUCCCCACCACUGUCACACAACGCUGCUCUCUCACCUUUCAAACACACACACACUUUCAUCUCUAUUUCCUUUCCCUUUGCUCUCUCCACUAAAACAUGUCUAACAGGGAAGCACUACAGCACGGAGAGCAAAUACUUUUGAAGGCAGGCGAAUGGGAACGUUUGGAAAGUUUUUGUUUAUUUUCUCUUCUUUUUUUUUCCUCCUCCCCCGAUGUGUGCCGUUGUUGAACAUGUUGAGUGUACAAGUAUAUGGUGAAAAGUAGCCAGCGCUAGUUGCUGUGUGCCAUUUUUAAAAGAUUUCUUUUUGGGGAGGUAAUUCCACCUCUGACCCCCGGCAACAACUGCUCCCUUCCUGCGUGGCGCCAUCGCCCCACAUUGUUCUACAUUAUCGAUCCAGUCAUCAUGCCUCUAGAUCUUCUUUCAUUUUGCAGUCCACUUUAAAAAAGGUCCAUUUAAAAGAUUGUAUUUUUAUUAAUCUAUUUAAAAAACAAAAGGAAUUGAGGUAGUGGUUGGUGCCUCCACAGUGGAACAACCCACAGUUUUAUACACAUAGAUUUUGUUGUGCUUGAGUAGACACCAUUUUUAUGGUUUUCGUCUCUUUCCUUCACCCCCUUUGCCCUGCUUCAAUAUCUGUGUAUAACAGUCUGUUCUUAUGUAAAAAAAAUAAUAAUGUAAAAAAAAAAAAUGCUAGAGGAGAACCGUGGAAAUAAAAGUAUGUGAAACUA